UCGUCUGGUCGGUAGAAAAGAGCGCUGUGGUUUUUAUAGGCAUUAAUUACAUUUCCCAUUAAUUAACCAGUAUAAAAGUGAGCAAACACUUCGAUUAAUCAUGCAGAACAUAGUGGUCAAAGACAUCUUCGACGGAUUCAACGAUUAUCUCAACAAAGAGCAAGAACUUCGCGAGCAAAUUCGUGAAGUGGUUCGUGAAAUAGACCAAGCCGCGAAGGAAGCUACCAUUGCGCUGCAGGUAAUCCACAGCAGUUUGACGGAAGUUUCCGGCGCUUGUCUUGCUGCCCGCAACCAGUUUGAGGUCUGUCGCAAAGGUUACGAACGUUUGGCCGGACUGAUUCCUGAGGGACAGUACUACCGGUACAAUGAUCAUUGGCAUUUCCUAACCCAACGGGUUGUCUUUUUGGUGGCACUGACCGUCUAUCUAGAGAAGGGUUUUCUCGUCAGUCGUGAUACCACGGCGGAGGUUCUGGGAAUGAAAACCAAGCAGGCACAUGGAUUCCACCUCGACAUUGAAGAUUACCUGAUGGGAAUUCUUCAGCUGGCCUCGGAAUUGAGCCGCUACGCCACAAAUUCUGUCACGCUGGGCGAUUACGAGCGACCGCUUACCAUUUCGAAAUUUGUCGCUGAUUUGAACUCCGGAUUCCGACUGUUGAAUCUAAAAAACGAUGGACUUCGCAAACGGUUCGAUGCACUGAAGUACGACGUUAAGAAGAUUGAGGAGAUUGUCUACGACAUCAGCAUCCGGGGACUGCGAGCGGAUCCCGCUGCUGCGGCAGCCCCGUCAACGGGAGCAGCUGAGCAGUAAGCAACUGUAGCUGAGCAGGUUUGUUGUAAAUAUGCAUUUGCGCCAUUACCAGCCCGUGGUAGGUUUUCUACUUCCAACAUUUUUCUUUUUUGAUAAACUUGGAUUCGCUAAUAAAGAAUAAAUAAUGAGGUAUUGCGAAGGAGAGUGAUAUAACUUGAACUGCAUCGAUGA